AUGUCGUCCAACUAUACCCUUGACAACGGCUCCCGCUCCAGUGACUUCGAUGAUGGGAUUGAGACCAUCUCGGCGAAUGCCAAUUUGCUCGAGAAUCACUCAAGAAGUUCUACUCCGGAAUGUCUUUGGGGAUGCACUAUGCAUUGUGACCACGGGCCAGGGCCCCAUGUGUAUUCCUGUAAAUGCCAUAAGCACCUGAUUCAUGUGCUCGAAAAGUUUGAACAACCUACAAGGGGCCAAGAUGGUGGUCUUGAAGGCACUGGUGAAUCUCAUAGAAAGCGGAAAAUUUCUGGAGAUGACAACACUCCACGCAUCUUCGGCCAUGACAUGAGUAAUAGGCGAGCAACAUCAUUACCUAUCAUUGAACUUCCACCCAAGAAACGUAGGAGGAUCGGAAGAAAUCUCGUGUUGUGUGAAGAGGAAUUGCUGGAGGGGGUCAUGCAGGAAGUUGCAGGAAUGCAUAAUGCUAUGAGCAAGAUAGAAGCGAUCUUCAACAGGCAGAACUCAGUUCUUCUCGAAAUCUGUAACACUAUUGGAAACCAUGGCAUUGUCGAUGCCCUGUGCAGUGCGAAUGAUAUGACGAAAAUUCCGAAAGACCAAGAGAGCAUCCGAAAGAGGCUGGCACGUGUGAUGAAAUCCAGUACGUCCCUUCUGGCGAGUGACGAGUCUAGCCUGUUCCACUGGGACAAGGAACGUCGUCCCAGAGCCGUCAUGGAUGAGCCAAAGCUUUCAAGGAGGCCAAGGGACCGUGAUCCCGCUCAGCCAACCGAUUUUGCAGAGCGCAUGGUUGCCCCCUAG